AUGGCCAUUGUACCCUUCUCUCUGUUGUCCUCCACCGUCGCCUCGCUUCCCCACCUCGCAGCCGCCGCGCGUCUCCUCGCCGAGCCCACCCCCGAUUCCAGUUCCACCGCGGACGCUUUCGUCUCCCGGCCCCGGCUUCGCCUGGGGUCUGUGGCCUCCCGUGCCACCGUGCUGAGGAAGGAGCUGGCAUGCUCGUUGGCGGCGCUGCCGGCGCCCUCCACGGCCACGGCAGUCUUUGCAGUGGCUGCGCUGCUCAACUCCGCCGAUGGCGGCGAGGACCUUCUCCUGGCCGUGGCUGCGUUGGCCACCUUCGCAUCCUCGGACGUCGCGCGACUGUCCCUAACGCAGGAGGCCGGUGCCAUGGUGCCCCGUCUGUGCCGCACGCUCGAGUCCGGCAGCACGGCCGCGGAGCACGUGUGCAUGGCGCUGCUCCAGCUGAGGAUGACAUCUCGGGACUCGUCCGCGGACGUGGCCGUGCGUGGCGGGGUGGUAGCGCUCCUGGCCGCCUGCGCCAGUGACACCCCGGCGACCCAGGCCCCGGCAGCCGGGGUGCUCCGGAACCUCGCACGGGGUGGGGCGUGGGUCGACGUGGCGUCCCUGCCGCUGUACGGCCCGGAGCAGCAGCAGCACAAGGACGCCCCCGCCGAGCCGAGCGGAGGUCUGCGCGAUGGCGGCGUUGAGCCCCCUGGCGAGGCCGUGCACGACACCGUAGCUGCGGUUGCCAAGCCCGAUGCAGCCGAAGGGGAGCAGGUCGUGCACGGCUCUCGUGCGCCGACCUCCUCCUGCUGCGGUGGCCCGCCGCGCCAACCCUCCCCUUCGCAGGCGCGGGAGACGAAGAAGGUGACGGUGCGCUCUGCUUCGGCGCCUCGUCGGUGGACUCUAGCUUUGGCACCGCCUCGUCGGCGGACUCCAGCUUCGGCACCAGCUGCUACAGGCGCGUGGGACGUGGACCGCCAGUGCGUUCGGAAUGGGGACUGCGAGCGCGCUGUCCGGCACAUGGAGCGGCUCCGGACGCGGCCGCACUCGUCCGUCACCUCCUUCGCCUGCUCGAAGAAGAUAGGAUGA